UCCGAUUUCGAUCGUUCGAUCCGAUGUUGAGUUUCUACCUAAAAAUAUAAAAUUUAAUUUACCUACAUAUUAGUUUGCACAAUAACUCAGAUAAUUGAUAUUGUAUAUAUUUAUAAAGAUAAAAUUUUGUGCUAGAUAAACAAUAAUAGAAAUGAGUGACGACGACCGCGAUAUUGAUAUCGAGAGUGAUGCUGAGAAUGAUUCGGAUUCCCGUCAUCAUGCUAGGAACAGCCUCGGCGGGGGAGGUUACUAUUCACAGGCUGAAAAGAGAGCCCACCAUAAUGCGCUCGAGAGAAAAAGAAGAGACCACAUAAAAGACAGUUUUACUUCAUUGAGAGAUUCUGUUCCUGCUCUACAAGGUGAAAAAGUGGCCAGUCGUGCUCAAAUAUUAAAGAAAGCGGCAGAAUACAUCCAAUUUAUGAGGAGAAAAAACAACUCUCAUCAACAAGACAUAGAAGAUUUAAAAAGGCAAAAUAAUUACCUUGAAUCGCAAAUACGAGCUUUGGAAAAGGCAAGGGCAACUGGAAACUACAUGGACGCACAUGAACUAGGACUUGGAAUUAAAUCAGAGGACAGCUCACAUGAUACAGAUAGUUCCGACGGUGAAGGCACGGCCAGGCGAGUAAAAAAACUUAAAAUCAAUGGUGUAAGCGUUUAAUGGCAACCAGAAUUGAACAAUAUACGUUAUAUGUUUGUUUUUCUUGUAUAUUUUGCCAAAGUUCAUUUUUUAAAUAAAUGGAUGUUGUGAAAUGCAUUACCUUACUAUGAUAGAGCUUACUCAAUUUAAAUAGUAACAUAAAUGUCUAUAUAAUGGAGCAUCAUGACCUCCUCAGUAGGUGGUCUUUGUGGUCUUCGAUUAUUAUGAUCAUCUAAUUGGUAGCAAUAGAAUAGUGUCAAAUUAUUGGAAUUUCUGUUGUUUGUGGUUGAUAUUCAAUCAGUGUUAAUCGUUUAAUGUCUUCUACUUCAUGUUGAUUAUAAAAACCAAAGGGUUUAUCAAAUUAUAUUCGUUAUACAAGACACCAAUUAAAACAGAUGCAAAUAUUUUUAUUGCAUUUUAUUAAAGGUUUUACUGAUUCCAUCUCAAAUUGUUUUAAUAUUUAAUGCUUCAACUCCCAAGCGCCCCCAUGCAGUCACGAUAACAAUACAUAAGCCAUAAUUGUGUCUGGUUUUUCCAUAAUCGAGGGAUUAAUUGAUUUGCCAAUGGUUAUACCAUUAUAAAAUUGUAUUUAUAAAAUGUCCGAUUAUU